AGCAUCUAUGGAGAAAUCACAAGGAUGAAAAGAAAAGUGGCCAAAGUGGGUGGACUUCGCCUUAGUCCGAAUGAAGAGAGCAUUUUGAUAAAGGAGGAGCUUGAAAGAAGAAGGAAACUAAGGUUAAAACAGGUCAGAGAACAGGAACGUUGCAUUGCUCUACAGAUCCGUGAGGAAGUAAAACAGCGUCGUAAUCAGCAACUCGAACUGUUGGCAGAUGAAUUGAAGGCUGAAUGGCGUAAGGCACAGGUUGAGAAAGCGAAGACCCUGGAAAACCUCUAUCUGUGUAGUUUAAAGGCAGUGGGAGAUGGGCACAGACAAGCUAAAGAAAAUGAGCCAGAUCUGGAGACUUUCACCAAACAAGCAGCUGUGAAUCAACAAAAGGCUGAGAAAAGAUGCAGAGAAGCACUAAGGGAACUGAAACUGAUGAGAGAAAAGGAGUUUGAAGAACAAAGCAGAUGCGUUCAAGCUCGCAAGAAGGCACUCAUUGUAGAAAAAGAAAGAGCAAUGAAGAUUGCACAUCUUCCACCACCUCCACCGGAUCCUCUUGCUGAACUUGAUGUUUCAAAAUGCCCUGUAGUGAAGAUGCACGAUGUGGACAGCUUCUCUGUGACACACUAUCAUUUGCCUGAGCCUUGUGUGGAUAGGGAAAUGAAUACAGAACAGGUCAAUGCUCUGCUUGCUGCUGAGCAGGUAGGGCAUCAUUUGGAGGAAUUGCAAAAGGAAGCUGAGAGGGAGAGGAGAGAACAGCUGGAGAAAGCUAGAUUGAGGGGUAGCCAUGCUCUCCAAAUGGUUCAUUUGGCACAGGACAAAGAGAAACUGAUGAAGGAACUAGAAAAAAUGCAGCAUGCUGAUUUGACCCGUAGAAGACGUGUUGUGGCUCAAAUGCCACCUCAACUCUUUGAGCCACCAUAUAGACGUGUGGAAAUAAAAGCAGACAGGCAAAGAGAGAUGGAGUUUGCCUUUGAGGACAUGUAUUCUGGAGAUAAAAGGGUCAGAGGUGACUUGGUAUUGUGUCUUGAGCCUGAACCUUUACCAGCCCUGUCUGUUGGGACACAGGAUGAAGAUUUAGAUCUCUCAGUCGAUCCAGAGGGAUUUCAUAAGGAAGAGGAACACUUAAAAGAUCAGGAAAUGUUUGGAUCAAGAAAACCCGGAGAUGUUAAAAAGGGUGCAUAUCCUCGUGCUUCAGAAACACCAGCAGAAUGUAGUCAUCCAGCUGCAAAUCCAACUAAAGCAGCAUUAAAGAAGCUGUUAACCAAGAUCAGGGCGCAAAGGAAUAAUUGGACUUCAAGACCUGAAACAGAGAGUUCAAAUGAGGUUUUGACAAUUGAGUCUGGCUCUAUUGAGAGUAAAGAGGAACAACAAAGGAGUUCAUCGGAAUCCAUAGUUAACAUGGAUGUAGGUGAGGAACUUCUAGUUCAUUUCAACAAAGAGCAAGACAUGCCUGUAGAUACCAUAAUAGCUGGAAAUGCAACUUUAUUUCAUCCCAAGGAGCAAGCAAGCAUAAUUAGAUCUGAGAUAGACAGAAAGAAACAGUUGGAAGAGUUGGAGCAACAGAAACAACAGCAAUUGGUAUUACUACAGCAAUUUGAACAACAAAAACGGAACUUGAGAAAUUAUUUUGAGGAAGCCCAGUUUCAGCGGCAACUAAUCCAAACCCAAAUGGAGGAGAGAUUGAGAAGGGAUGUGGAAGACCGGAAUCAGGAAGCAUGCCAUGACUAUGAGCCCAAAGCAUUGGAUAGGAAAGAAGAUAUUUCCAUUGGAAAGCAGGAUAGUUGGAGACUUCAAGCUCCACGGAUGGAUGCAGGUGACUCUAUUACAGCUGGAACAGUCCAGCAUCAUGAGGGUCUUGUGCCAAAAGAGUUGUCUCAAGAAGAUAAACAUUUGUAUGCAAUUCGACAGUACCAGCAGCGUCUUGUAGAGCAAAACAGAUUGCAUAGGAAAUCUGUGGAAGAAGCCAGGAAGCAAUUGGAAGAAUAUCAACUUAUGUUGAAAAGACGACAUCCAUCCAUAUUGACUACAGCAAGUCAAUUAUCUACAAAAUGCUCCACAUCACAGCCGCUCCACUAUGAUACACCUGCUGGAACUCAGUCCAAGAUUGAUAUAUCCAGCAGUAAAGCUGAACAGUCUCUUCCUGCACCUGCUGUUCAACAUCUUGAUCUUGUAAAUCAGCCUACAUUUCCAAUUCGGCCACAUGUUGAUUUGAUAACAGCUGGAUUGCCACAUACCAGUACUCACCUACUGCAACACAGUCGAACUGCAUCAUUAUCUGCAGAUGGCAAAGAACCAGUUCCCACCAUUCAUUUACCAAAGUACUCUGAACCUGCUUUUCCUUCAGCAAGAUGUGAACCUUUAGUAACACAAACUUUACCUGAUUCAGCAGGACUUGUGACACGGUCUUUACCUGCACAACAUGUUGUUGUUGAUAGUGAAGGUACACAUCAAAGACAAAUAGAUAGAUUGUUUGAUACUGGAGAAUAUAGUUCUGGAGAUCAUGUUACUAUUACUCAAAAGCAGCCAUUUAUGUGCCAUGAAAGUAUGGGUCACCAUGAUCUAUCAAAACCUGAAAUGCAACCUAUUUUGUCAGAUGCAUGUAGAAGGAAGAGUCCAGAAGUAUCAGAAUCUUGCAGCAGGGCUACAGUUGAGCUGCAGCAAGGAUCCACAGAUGUAUUACAGAUGCAGGCAAGAUUAAUGGAACCGGCUGGCAUUCAGCGAAAGCCCAUGAAGAUAAUGCCAGGGUCAUCAGAAACAUCACUAGGAACACUCAGACACUUGGAGCUGUCAGGAACUUUGGUGAAACAUUCUGAAGCCUUGAAAAAUCAGAAGAGGCUGACUGCAUUAUCAAAAGAUAUUCAGAUUCGACAGGAACACUUGAGAGAGUUGCAACAGCAGCUGGAUAGACAGCGGGAGGCUCUUUUUUCCAAACAGAUGUCACAGGAAGAAAUGCUGAAUGACAGGGAAAAUCAACUCCAGGACCAGAUGCAACAACAAAAGAAAGCCCUGGAGAAUUAUCUUACUGAGAUGCAGUUGGGAAACUCACUGCUGCAUGAAGAAGCAACUGCAUCUCACAAUAACGAUCAACAGCUUGUGAUGUCAUCCUUGCUGCAAACCUUGGUGGAAUUUGAAACGGAAUCAACAAAUGAGAUUCACCAGCUGGAAAAUAUUCAACUUAAAGCACAUGAGCCAACUUCCCAGACGAAUGAACUAUUUUCACAGUGCUAUGACUCUCUCUUUAGAAAAACUGGUGGACGUCAUUUAACAAAUUCAGCAACUGAUCAAGUUUUAGAAGGACAGCUUCAAAACUGGAGGCCUUCUAAACCACCAGUAACCAAAACAAAACUCGGACUCUUUGGGCUUGAUGAACAACAUGAAUUAAGUUCAAUUCAGGAGGUAGAAACACCUCAAAGUGACAGAUUCUCCAUAUUUGUUAACAGGAAUAUAUCUAAAGGAGAUAACUGUUAUUUGCCAGAAGAUCUAUCUUGUUCCGUUCAAGCAGAAAAUGACAUGUCCGUAAUAUCAACAAGUAGCAGCCAGCAAAGUUCUAGUGCCACCAAUAGUGCUUUAGAUUCUGGUAAAUCCGGCAGACGAACCUGGAGAGAGGAAUUGGCAUUGGAAACUGGAAAACCCCCAGAGGAAGGCCCCUCCAUGGCUCCUUCAGCUGCUGGGUCCUGUAUACCAAGUUACUUUGCUGCUGUUGGAGGAAGUGCACUUGUAUACCCUGGGACACCUAUGUCCACAUGUAUAACCAGUAGUCAGGUUAUGCUUCCUUAUUCGUGGGCCUGUGAUAUAUAUGGACCUACUGCUGUUGAAAAAAAUCCACAUCCUGAUGUGAUGUAUCCAUCUUCCACAACCCUGUCCACGGGGAGUUUGAGUGAACAAGAAGUAGUUAGUCCCAUCAGUUCAGGAUUGUGCUCCGAUGUCUUUCCAAGAACAGCGACAAGACCUUUUACUGCUCCACCACGGGUUAGUCCUACAAGUACAUCAAGCUCACCAUCUUCAUCUGGAUACCAGGCACCUGUCGAGAGUGGGGAUAUACAUCCUUGUUCAUCUAAAUUGGAGGAAUAUAGUCCUAAUGAAAGCAAAAUUCAACAAAUAAUAGAAAAGUACACCAGAGAUCUAAAUAAAUUAAUGGAUUCAACUGUAAAACGUCAAGCUUCUGCAACUGGAUUUGACAUUUCUGAUGUGGAGGACCCUAAUUUCUACUCUCCACUGCAGUUUUCCCGACAGGGUUCCUGUCCAGAAUUCUGUCAUUUAGAGCCAAUAACUGAUUUUGGCAUUUCAAGCACAUCAGCAUCUUUCAGCAGUAAGGAAUCCAGUGUCCAAAAUACCACCAGCACAGAAAGUCAGCACUUGCCUAAUUCUGAUAAUGCAUCUGCAACUUCAGAAAUUCAGUUAUGCCAGAGCAGUCUUGCCUCCACUCCUGCGCAUGAGAGAACAGGUUGCAAUAUACAAGAGGAAACUCAACAGAAUUAUGGCAUGGAAAAUAAUGGAUUAGAGUCCUUUCACCUCCUUCAACCAGAAAUCACUGUUAGUGAGUACAGCUUGAACACAGAAAGCUCAGAUGGAGGUUUGAUGAAUGUCCGCACAUUGGAAGAAAGCUCCCACAAUGAAACUACUUCUUCAAACAGUGAAUAUUUUCAUCCGCCUGUCCUUUUAAGACCAGAAGGUGCAGAUGCUGUUGCUGACAUUCAGGAUGUUAUGGAGCAAUUAAGUUGUUCUGACAUAACCAUUGAAAAUCUACGGAAAGGUAGCAUUGAGAGCUCACAAAAGCAUAAUGUUUCAUUUGUCGAUCUAAAUGCAACAAUGAGUACAGUAAAUGAGUUGCCUCUUAAUCAGUAUUCAAUUUUCAAUAAUCAAAAUGGAAACCCAAUAGGUGAUGAAUGCAGCUGUAAAAUGCCAUCAGUGGUCUCACUUGCCAAGAAAUUGAACUCAACUACGGCCAAUGAAAUGAAUAUUCUGUCAAAGGAAGCUCCUGAAUCUAUAUCUGAAGAAAACGCAAAUCAUACUGUUGGUAUACAGCAUGGUGUUUCAGAGCAGGAUGGCCAAGCACCACCUGAGCAUCUGUCUCCUGUAAAAGAAGAAACUGCUCCACUGGAAAAUCAAUUGGAGCAAGAGGACGAUCAGCUGCAUCAGUCAAAUUCUUCAAAGCUCAGAGCAGGGAUUUGUACCUCGUGCAGCUUUGUACCAGUGUGGGAGACCGAGUCAGGUGUUGGCAUCAUGGAAGAACCUGAACUGACACAGGUGACAAUGGAUGAUUCGACUUUUGUAGAAGAUGAAACAACUGAUCCAGAAGGACAGGAACCUAAAGUUGAAAGGCUGAUCUCUAACUCCAAACUUAAAUUUUCUCAGGUAAAGGAAUUCCAGGCAUUAACUGAGAUGACCAAUGACAACAAUUCUCUCUCACAGAAGUUACCAGUUUCAAAUUCUAGUCCAAAUGACAACCAGUCUUCAUCUCAAAGAUCUUCAACAGUUAUGGUAAUUGAGUUUGAUUCAUCUCAUAAGAUUUUCAAUAAAGAAAUUCUGAAGAAAAAACAAAAGUUUAUUGCAAACUCUACUAAACGGUUGGAAGACUUAAAAGGGAAAGUAAGAUCUGAACCCGUACAAUCUGUUCACUCAUUUCUGAAACCAAGAGCGGAAAAAAACCCUGUACAUCAGGACCAACCUUUGCUAUCUGCACCAUCAAUGACAAUUCAACUAAAGAUGGUGGGAGAAGUGAAAGUUUCAACUCCAGAGGACAGAAAAACUGCAGAAAUAGAGAUGCGUCAAAGAACACUCAGACUCUACAGUCAACUAAGUGAGGUCAAAAACAGGAAUGAGGAGGUGAUGAGAUGUGCAAUGAAUUCCAGAAACCGAAAAAAGGCAAAGGAAUUCCAAAAAAAAACACUAGAAAAAUUAAGAGCCAAAAAACAUCGGUGAUCAUUACAGUAUCUGUUUGCAGUGGCUGUUCUACCGAAGCAACAAUCAUUUUUGGCUUUGUUUCAAUUGUAUUAGUCUGUAGACUCGUUACAGUGUGUUUGAAGUAACUUGUUUGUAACGUAAAACCACUUUCUUCAGAUUUUUUCAUUUAAACAGGAUAGCUUAUACCUUAUUUUCAGAAUUUAUUUUCAAAUUUUGUAACUAAAUCAGUGAAUUUUAGGUAUUUAUAAACUGGGUUUCAUAAUAUAUACAUUUUAGUGGAUUGUCAGUUUGUAUAAAAUAAAAUUUUAUGUAAAUUUGCAAAAAAUGUAAUUGCUCAUAUAGAAUAAUUUUGUAAA